AUGCGGCGAGAGCUGUUUCUCCAGAUUGUUCACGCGUUGGAGGCGCGCGACGAGUACUUCCAGCAGCGGGAAGAUGCGCCCCACAGAAAGGGUCCAUCCCUGCUGACGAAGUGCACGGUUGCGCUUCGUCAGUUAGCAUACGGCACUAUGGCGGACAUGUUCGACGAGUAUCUUCACAUCGGGGAUAUAACUGGCCGGGAGUGUUUGGUAAAAUUUUGUGCGGGCAUUAUUGACGCCUUCGAUUAUUUGCGCAAGCCGAAUGCCCAAGACUACCAAAACCUGCUGCGGAUGCACGAAACGGUGCACGGCUUUCCUGGAAUGUUAGGGAGUAUUGAUUGUAUGCACUGGGAGAAUUGUCUUGCAGCGUGGAGAGGCCAAUUCACUAGUGGGUAUAAAGGUACCCACCCGACGAUGAUCCUUGAAGCAAUCAUUGAACACAGUCUUUGGAAUUGGCAUGCUCACUUUGGCGUGGCGGGGUCUAACAACGACAUCAAUGUGCUGAACUCGUCCAGUCUCUUCACCGAGCAAUGA